CUGGUGCUGAGCGCUGCGAGCUGUGCGUCACAUGAAGGAUAGAGUUGGAGGAGCGUUUGUUUACCAGCCAUACCUGGCGCUGUUACCGGGUGUGUGUUAGUGUGUGUAAGAGGGAGAGAGAGAGAGAGAGAUGGAGGGCCGGAGGGAGGCGGAGCCGCUCGGACAUGAGUAAAUGACGUCAGCUCCCAGGUCGCCCAGCAGAGAAACAAACAUGGCGACAGAAUGGAGCGGGCAGCAGGGUUACGUUCUCACCGUCAUCAUCUGCCUGUGGAGCGCGGUCGGCGGGCGGACAGAGACGGCGGCGGCGGCUGGAUCCGGCCGCGUCAGCGGCGGGAGCCAGGUCCUCGGCAUGCGGCUCGAGCGGAGCGACAAGCCGUCCAGCACCAAUGACGACGGUGUCAUCCAGGUGACCGAGGAGAGCACCGUACAGCUCCGGUUUUACGGGGUGCAGCUCCACUCGGGCGCCUGGACGCAGAUCCGCUUCACGGAGCUUGGGGACGGCGGCGGCGGCGGCGGCGGCGGGGACGAGGAGGAGGAGGAUGAGCAGGAGGAGGCGGUGGCGGCGGCCAGGGGAGGCAGCGGCAUGAUGGACACGCCGGACAGGACUUGUGUUGACUUCACGAAGGACAUCAAAGUGGAGAGCUACAUGAACGUGAGCAGCCGCGGCACGUCCGGGGUGCUCAGCGUGCACGUUAAGCCGCUGCGCAAAAGCGAGCCGCAGAAGGAGUAUGCCCUGUGCACGCUGAGCGAGGAUGGCACCAGGUGGGUGUUGCUGGGGGAGAGCGAUGGCAAAGUGCUGGUGGUGGAGGAGAAGAAGUCCCUGCUGCCCAUGUGGCUGCAGGUGAUCCUGAUUUGCUGCCUGCUGGUGCUGUCCGGCAUGUUCAGCGGCUUGAACCUCGGCCUCAUGGCGCUGGACCCCAUGGAGCUGCGCAUCGUCCAGAGCUGCGGCACCGACAAGGAGAAGAAUUACGCGAGGAAGAUCGAGCCCAUCCGCAGCAAGGGGAACUACCUGCUGUGCUCCCUGCUGCUUGGCAAUGUGCUGGUGAACACCACCCUCACCAUCCUCCUGGAUGACCUGAUCGGCUCCGGCCUGGGCGCCGUGGUGGCCUCCACCAUUGGCAUCGUGAUCUUCGGGGAGAUCGUCCCCCAGGCGCUCUGCUCCCGCCACGGACUGGCCGUGGGCGCCAACACCAUCAUGGUGACCAAGUUCUUCAUGCUCCUCACCUUCCCGCUCUCCUUUCCCGUCAGCAAGCUGCUGGACGUCCUGCUGGGCCAGGAGAUCGGGACCGUGUACAACCGAGAGAAGCUGGUGGGGAUGCUCAGGGUGACGGAGCCCUACAACGACCUGGACAAGGAGGAGCUGAACAUGAUCCAGGGAGCCCUGGAGCUCCGGACCAAGACGGUGGAGGACGUGAUGACGCCCCUGGCCAACUGCUUCAUGAUCCAGGCGGACGCCGUGCUGGACUUCAACACCAUGUCGGAGAUCAUGGAGAGCGGCUACACGCGCAUCCCCGUGUACGACGAGGAGAGGUCCAACAUCGUGGACAUCCUGUACGUCAAGGACCUGGCCUUCGUGGACCCGGACGACUGCACCAACCUGAAGACCAUCACCAAGUUCUACAACCACCCGGUGCACUUUGUGUUCCACGACACCAAGCUGGACGCCAUGCUGGAGGAGUUCAAGAAAGGUAAAUCCCACCUAGCCAUCGUCCAGAAGGUGAACAACGAGGGGGAGGGCGAUCCUUUCUACGAGGUGCUGGGGCUGGUCACCUUGGAGGACGUCAUCGAGGAGAUCAUCAAGUCAGAGAUCCUGGACGAGUCUGACCUCUACACUGACAACAGAAACAAGAAGAAGGUAGAUCCCCACAAGAACAAGCCGGACUUCUCCGCCUUCAAGCAGGAAGGCGACAGUAAAGUGAAGAUCACUCCUCAGCUCAUGCUGGCUGCACACCGUUUCUUAGCCACAGAGGUGAACUUGUUCAGCCCGUUCCAGAUCACAGAGAAGGUCCUGCUGAGGAUCCUCAGACACCCAGACGUCAUCCAGGAGCUCAAGUUUAACGAAAGCGACAAACGGUCGCUCCAACACUUCCUCUACCAAAAGGGCAAACCUGUUGACUACUUUGUACUCAUCCUGCAGGGGCGGGUGGAGGUUGAAGCUGGAAAUGAGAACAUGAAGUUUGAGACUGGCCCGUUCUCCUACUAUGGAGUCAUGGCCCUGAGCACAUCAUCGCUGGCUGUUACCCCUCCUCUCUCCCCGUCAGUGGCGUCCCCCCCUCCACGACGCCUCUCUCUUAAGAGGUUUUCUCUGUUCUCUCGUUUCCCAGAGUUUCGUUCUCCGUCACACGCGGGCAACCUGAACCGCUCGGCCUCUCUGAGCUGCACCGAGCGUGCUCAGGAGAGCGGCUCUAUCAGCGGAAGCAACACUCAGAUCCCGGGAACCCCGUUCCAGUACAUCCCAGACUUCAGCGUUCGAGCUCUAGCAGAUCUUCAGUUUGUCAAGGUCACCCGUGCUCAAUACCAGAAUGCUCUCCUGGCGUCCAGGUUGGACAGCACGCCGCAGUCUCCGGAGGGCAGCCACGCUCGCUUGGAUGUAUCCAUCUCUUUGCCCCCCUUGACGCCACCUGAGACGAAAACCCCGCUGGCUCUCGCCACGCCUCCUGUGAAGCACUCAUCGUCCCACACUCAGCCCACGCCCCAGAGCGCUCGCGCCACCUUCACCAUCGGCUCCGCCGGCCGCAGGCCGAGCCAAGCUUUGCCCCAGGCCACGCCCCCUCCCAGCAACCACACCCCUCUCUCCCAAACCCCUCCCUCCUCUGUAGGCAAAGUGCCAUGUGCUCUGAAUCCUGCUGUGGGUUCAUCCCUUUCCUCCAAAGCCCAGCGCUCCCCACCCUCUGAUGGCUCGGACAGCGGUCCCGGGGAGACCACCACUCUGCUCAGUGAGCAGCCGAACUGCGUGGGCCCCCGCCGGCCCAGUUACACCCAGCCAUCCCAACAUGUUCACACUAUCAGUCACGCUCACACUGAGAGCACCAUCUAACUCUGGUCCUUCUGGAGAGCUAUCUGUUCAGUCCCUUGCACUACUGUUGGCUGUUUCUGUCCUAAACGGCAUUCUUUGGAGGGGGCACAACAAAUGGGUCAGCACAUCUCUAUCCUCUGUCAUCUCUUCUUGCAUGUUCCCAUCCCAACACUGACAAAAGACCAAGGACACAGUACAGCGUGGGAACAGGAACCAGCAGGGAGCACGGGGAGAUGCGUUAGAGGAUGCAUUUCUGAACCAAAAAUAAUCUACGUUUGUAUUUAGUUUUAUCUGCACAGCUGAUGGUAUGUCUGCCUAUGCCUGGGUACACUGGAGGUAAAUGGAAGAGAGAUUUAGCUGCUCAUUUUUGUAGGUUGCACACUAGUUGAUGUUGAAAUGAAAGGAGGAGACUGUUUUAUGCUGCCCCCAUAGCAAAAAUCCUCACCUCCAUCAAUACUCCGCUGUUUAGUGUGAACCAUGUUAGCUUUCUACAAGUAUCACCAUCACCUCCUUACAGUCCUUGAUGACCCAUAGUUUUUCUUCAGUUUAUACAUAGAAACGCAGCACCGUCAUGCUGAAUGUUUAAAGUGACAGAGAUGCUUUCUACAAAGCUUAUGCGUCAGCAACUGCAGGGCUGCAGCCUUUGUGGGGGUUGUCUUUAUCCACUAGGGGGCAGAGCAUGACUUCAUGAAGUGUGGUCCAAAAUGCCACAAUUCAAUACAUGUGAUUAAAUAGACAUGUAUAUGUGAUCAUCUAAAUUCUGAAGUUCAUACAUUAAAAAGUAAUUACUAUAUUUUUAAAUACAUAGUUAAAUGUGAAAGAGCUGGUU